AGAGGCUGGGGAGCAGCGACUGGGUGUGGACACAAGAGCAGCAGGUGUUUGUAGACGGAGGCUGCCACUGGCUCCGCCCCUCCGCUGGGUCAUCUGCUCGGGGGGGAGCUGGGAGUCAGAUCAGUGCAGCGACUCGCCUGUGGCUGGAUCUGUGUCAUGGGCUGUGAGCCGGCCGAUGUGACACAAAGGGCUUCCCAUUGUCAUGAAAGGCAUGAACCAUGAGCCAAAGUCCGCUUCCAUAGGAAUGCUUUCGACAGCCACUCGGACCACGGCCACGGUCAGCCCCCUCACUCCCUCCCCUAUCAAUGGCUCCCUGGUACCCAACGGCAGCCCGGCGGCCAGCAGCGCGCUCUCAGUCCAGUCCGCACCCUCCUCCAGCUUCGCCGCCGCGCUGCGCAAACUCGCAAAGCAGGCCGAGGAGCCCAGAGGAUCGUCCAUAAGCAGCGAGUCUUCCCCCGUCUCCUCACCGGCAACCAACCACAGCUCUCCUGCCAGCACGCCAAAAAGGGGUCCGAUGGGGCCGAUCAUCGUGCCCCCUGGUGGACACACUGUGCCGAACACACCGCCCGUCGUGACUAUUGCACCAACCAAGACCGUGAAUGGAGUGUGGAGGAGCGAGGCCCGACAGUCGGAUGGUUCCUCCCGGGCAAGCAGUCUCAGCAGAGAGCGUAUGAUGGCGGAGUCUCAGCUGCCAGAGAAGACCGGCGCCCCCUCCGUACCCUCGCACCUAAUGGGGAACGCGUACGCCUUCGCCAUCCCGCCAGGCUCCGUCGUACAAGAUUCCCGCUUCCAGCCCUUAAAUCUGCAGAGGCCGGUCCCCCAUGUGGUCCCGACCAGCACAGAGGAAUACCUGCGCAGCUUCCGUCCGUACCACACAGCCGAGGACCUCCGCAUGCCAUCGAUCCCCCACCUCAGCCUGGACCCGUCCGCGGCGGCAGCAUAUUACCACAACAGCUACCUGGCGGCCCACCACCCCUUCCAGCACCCCGCCUUCAGAAUGGAUGAUUCGUACUGUUUGUCACUGAGGUCCCCGUUCUACCAAAUGCACAGCCCCGGAUCCUUGCCACCCAUGCACCCCUCCGCUAUGCACCUGCACUUGUCCGGAGUCCGCUACCCAGCCGACCUCGCCCAUUCAUCGCUGUCCGCACUGCAGUCAGAGCGACUCUCCAACCUGCAGGCGGAAAGACUUCAAAUGGAUGAAGAGCUCCGGCAGCGGGAGAGGGAAAGAGAGCGGGAGCGAGAAAAAGAAAGGGAAGCGGACCGUGAGCGGGAAAAGGAGAGAGAGCGGGAGAGGGAACGAGAGAGGGAGAAGAAAGAGCUGGAAAGGGAGAAGGAGCGAGAGAGGGAGAGGGAAAGGGAAAGGGAACGGGAACUGGAAAGGCAGCGCGAGAGGGCGAGGGAGAAGGAGGCCGCCCUCAUGAAGAACCUGGAGAAUCAGUUCAUGGUGGAGUCUGAGCUCCACCCGCUACGGAGUCACCAGGAAGAACGGGUGAAACCCGCAGAGCCGCCCCCUCCCAGCAGACCCGAGAAGUUAAAAGAAUCUCCCCAACAGACCGCAAAGCCGGUCCAGCACUCGUUACACCAGCCGCCCCCCGCGACGCACCACUCGGUGCCCAGCCUGAUCUCCCACGCCGCUUUCCCCCAACCCACCACGGCGGUGGCGGCCGCUCUCCUGGCCCAGAGGACGCAGGAGGAGGAGAAGUGGCAGGCUCGGCAAAGACGCCUGAGGCAAGAGAAGGAAGACCGGCAAUACCAGGUGUCCGAAUUCCGGCAGCAGGUGUUGGAACAGCAGCUGGACAUGAGCGGCCGGCCCAUCAACCCGCCGGAGGCCGAGAUUCGGCCAGAAAACCUCAGGGUGAUCAGCAAUCGCAGCGACAGCGGCAUCCGAGAGCCCCUACAACAUUUCGGAGGUCCACCGCCGCUCAUCUCUCCCAAACCGCAACAACAGCCAACGCCCACUUCAUUAUGGAACCCCGUGACGCUGAUGGAGACCCAUACAGAUCCACGACGCACCCAAGAACCCGCCGCUGUCCACAACCACACGAUGUACGAACAUACCAGACAGACCAUCGUCCCGAUCAAAAUCGAGCGUCCCUAUUCGUUCGAGAAGCAGCCGGACGAGGAGGAGUUGGCGCAGAGGAGGCGGGAACUGGCGGAGAAGUACCAGCCCAUUCGGGAUUCCUCCACAUUGGAGCACGCCGGGUAUUCCCACGCCCCGUUCCUGGCCGAGCUCGAGAAGUCCACGCAGACUUUCCUAAACCAGCAGCGGAGUUCCCUCCAGCAAGCCGGACAGACCGUGGAGAUCACGCUGCUGCAAAAGCCCAGCGCGGCGCACAGAGCACCGCCACUGAGGACGCGAGAGCCAAUGUUCAUCUACGACGAGUUUCUGCAGCAGCACCGCAGGCUGGUCAGUAAGCUGGACCUGGAGGAACGGAGGAGGAAGGAGGCCCGGGAGAAAGGCUACUACUAUGACCUGGAUGACUCGUACGAUGAAAGCGAUGAGGAGGAAGUCCGAGCACACCUCCGGCGAGUGGCUCAGCAGCCACCGCUCAAGCUGGACACGUCCUCUGAGAAGUUGGAGUUCCUCCAGAUAUUCGGCCUCACGACCCAACAAGACAAGGAGCGCCUCCUGCAGCAGAAGCGGAGGAAGCGAAGGCGGAUGUUGCGCGAAAGGAGUCAAUCUCCUCCCACCGUACAAAUCAAGCGCCAGACGCCGUCUCCACAUUCUCCUCUCUCCACCAGAUUCAGCCCGGACGAGCUCAACAACAGCCCCAACCUGGAGGAGAAGAAGAAAUUUCUCACGUUCUUCGACCUGUCGCACGUCAGCGCGGAGAGGAGGAGAGACAAGGAAAAACUGGUGGAGAUGCUUCAAGCCAUUAAGCAGAAGAAAGCAGUUCCCGAGACUGUAAAGAACCAACCGCCGGCCCAGACUCGGACCAGUCCACCUCCACCACCACCGCCUCCUCCUCGUCCGGCCCCCGAGGACCAGCUGCCUGCUCCGCCCCCUAUCCACCCUGACCCACCAGCUCCCAUCGCCUCUACUUCUUGCACUGUAUCAAUCCCGGAACCCGUGAAGCCUGUGGAACCCCUUCGUCUGGAUAAGCCCAGACACGUGGAUUCUGCCAGGGUCCCUCCCCUGCCGCUUCCAGUCCAACCGCCAGUGACCAACGCACCGAUCCCCGACAAAAAAAGGCAGGUCGAGGGCCCGCCUGCCAAAAAGAGCUUGAGCAUUCUGAACUUUGUGCGAGGGCACCCGCCCAAGGAGAACCCAGUGCAGCCUUCCCAGAGCAUGAACGGGAGGAACAAGUCGUGGGAGCCCUUCCUGGCGGAGGAGUUUGCCCACCAAUUUCACGAAUCUGUCUUACAGUCCACACAGAAGGCCCUGCAGAAGCACAAAGGAGCAUCCGGCUUGCACAGCGCUGAGCAAAACCACAAACCAGACGCCUCUGUUCACUAUAACAUUCCCGAGCUGCAGAAAUCGAGCAGAGCCCCGGCGCAACAACAACAACCGAACGGGCAGCCUGGACCUGCUCAGCCAGGGCCGGGCCCGGGACAACGGAAGCAAGAAGUCGCCUCUGGGGAGGAGACAUCGGAAGAAGAAGAGGAGGAGGAUGAUGAUGAAGAGGAGGAUGACUAUGAACCACCGAGACCUAAAUGGCAGGGGAUAGAGGCAAUAUUGGAAGCGUAUCAGGAACAUUUAGAAGAACAAAACAUGGAGCGCCAGGUUCUGGAGACGCAGUGCAAGCGGCUAGAAGCUCACCACUAUAAGCUGAGUCUGACGGCGGAACAGCUGUCGCAUCGUAUGGCGGACCUGAUGAGCCAGAAGCAGAGAGUCGCCUCCGAGAGGGACCGGCUACAAGCUGAACUCGAACACUUUAGGAAGUGCCUUGUUUUGCCCUCCUCGUCAUGGUCUAGGGGUUACUUCAAAGGCCACCCCAGGUGACACCGUCUCCCUUGCACUAGCCCUGGACGUACAGUAUAGAAAUUUAUCUCUAUUUUAUUAUCUUGAUAUUUAAUAUUUUUCACCGGGAGGACUGAAAUGGGGGGGGAGGA